AUGGGCCAAAUGGGUACCAACGGGCUCGGUAAGCUGCUGCGGCAAGUCACAGGCGCCGGCGCGGAACUUACCGGCGCUCCGACGCCCUUCAAACGCGAAUUUACUGGCAUUACGGGGCUAGAUAAGUACCUAUCGGUGCUUGUGGCCUUCUUCGCGUCACUAGUCGAUGAUGGCGGCGCCGGUUGGGAAGUUACGGCUUUCUACAUCUGGGGCAUGGCCCAGUUUGCUGCCGGAUGGACUGUGCUCGUGCUUGAGGGCCGGAGGUCCGGAAAUCGCGGACGCAUCGUGAGUUGGGUUGGUACUGCUGGUAUCGUCUUCCAGAAUUUAACCUGGACCUUCAUUGUACCGCUCUACCUUGCGCUACACCUAUUUACGUCGCCUAUUGCGAAAUUAGGUGGUAAAGAUGCCAAAAGCAGAGGCGAUGCUGCGCGCCAGAGCCUGUUCGUCUAUCUUUGGGACCUCGCACUCAUUCCUCUGGCUGUUACCCUGGGACUCGUUGUUCCUACUAUCGUCAUGAGCUUGCCCGAGCUUCUCCAUCAAUCUGCUGCCACUCACUAUAACUGGAUUGCAUUCUGGCAAGCUUUCCCUCUGUGGACCGUACUUGUCCUAGAUAUCCUCCACAACGCUUGUUACUUCCUAUUUGGAAGCCUCAGCCCACAGGAUGCCCAGGGCAAGCCAACUACGCCCGGAAAUGGCUUCAUGGUAGCUGUAUCUGGCGUGUACCAAUUCGGCCUGAUAAUCAGUGCCGUAACGCAAAUCCCCAUCUUAGCGAUCUCCUUACUCCCUACCCCCCUCCGCUCUACCCUCGCCGCCACAUUCCCCAAGUACGCCUCCCUGAUUUCGCAAAUCACUUUCGCGCGUACCUUCGUGCCCCACUCACUUUCUGCGCCUCCAACCUUAGAUCCGUCGAACUACGGGCCUGGCGAUCUCGCCCCCCUGGUCAUCAAUUUCCUCCAGUACGACUUGUACACUGGCAACACGACUGUCUUGCUAUGGGCUCUGUACCUGCACGUGACAACCUCCGGACGCCCCUUUACCAAGACUUUAAGCACGACCAUCUUCUGGACGCUUAUCGGUGGACCUAGCGCGGCUGCUAUAGCUCUUCUCUGGGACCGCGAUGAGCUCGUGAAGGAAGGAGAAGACAAAGUUGCUAUUGAAGCGAAGACUAAGUAAUAUGUUAGGAGAUAUGUGAUAUGUAGGAAGUCUGGAUGGCUAGUUAGGAAGCUAGAGGAGAUGAGCGCGACAUGUAAAAAGGGGUGGGGAUAUAUAGGCAUUUAGGGAAUGGGAAUUGGGGUCUUAGAGGAACUCACGGGAAGGACUUUCAUACCAAAGGAGCUCUGGAUUAUCUUUUCCUGGAUACUUAUAUUGGUUCUUGGGGAGAAGUGUUGUGGGCGGAUAUAAAAGGGGAAU